AUGGAAACAGCACCUCUACUGGAGCAAAGGUAUCAAGCGCAGACAGGUAUGCACCAACUCGCCCGCACUGCUCACCGUGGACGUUACACGCGUAUCCAACCGCAAACAGAAGCAAUUUGUGCUGAAACCAGAGCCACGGACCACAGGUCAACUGAUGCUAUGGAAAACGCAGGCGCUCUGUCUGAUGAAACGCUACCAAGGCGUAGUGCUGCCGGUGCAGCGCUCAACGGUACUACCAAAGGCGUCGACGGCUGCGGCUUCGGCGGUGGCGAUAGCGACAGCUGUAGGAAACUGGUGCGGAACCCGUUUGUUCGUCGUGAUCGUACUUUUCGUGUUGGUACGCUCGUUCGCCUAGUCUUUGGGCUCAUAGUACUUUUGCCUAUUCGAUUGUUGCUGAGCGUCGGCUGUCUCGUUUUCGCUUGGAUUCUGGUUUUCUUGGUGACGCUCGGCGUCUCGCGUGCGAGUUUGGCGGCGCACCCGUUGCCACGAUGGCGGCGAAGGAUCGUCUUUGGAGUCUUGCGCUUCUUCUCGCGUUUCCUACUCCUAGUUUACGGUUUCUGGCGCGUUCGGGAGUUUGGUGACCUGGGCUCGCGCCAGAAUCUCUCAAGUGGUACACUGAUCGUCAGCAACCACGUGAGUUUCUUCGAUAUUCUGUACUUUAUCUAUGCCUUUGCCCCAGCUUUUGUCGCAAAGAAAGAAGUGCUGCGGCUUCCAUUCGUAGGCACCAUUGCUGCCGCGAUGCAGAGCAUUUUUGUGGACCGCGAGCGAUCACGAACCGGCGGCACAGCGGAGCUCAUUCGGAUGCGUCUGACUUCGGCGGACGCCAACGCCUAUCCGCCGCUGGUACUCUUCCCCGAGGGAACGACCUCCAAUGGUGAUGCACUUUUGCGAUUCCACUCCGGCGCUUUUCUGAGUGGAGUCCCGGUGCGCCCGCUUGCCCUGCGGUACGGCUUCUGGGAUUUUGAUCCGGCGUUUGUUGGUUUGACGCCGUGGCGCCUGGCCUGCAUACUCGCCCAGCCGUGGAUGUCGUUGACUGUGCACCAUCUACCCUUGUAUGAACCAUCACCGACUGAGAUGGAACGUCCUCGUCUUUACGCGGAGAACAUCCGUGCACUUAUCGCUCGAGCCCUGCAAGUGGAGUGUGUGGAUAUGGGUUACCGCGAUCGGGUACAGCGGAACUUGUCGCGCAUCGGACUACACAUGGUCGAGGUGAUUCCUGUGGAGCGUGCCACGGAGCGCCGCGACCCCGAAGUUGCUGCAGAAGACGAUGCGCUGCGAUCGGCUCUGGUGUAG